CCAUCUGUAGAUUUUAAGGGCAAGCCCGACGAAACGACGACGACGACGAACGAACGACGACGAGGAGGGACAUUAGCAUUUUAGACCUUUUUGUUUUUUUUUGCAUAGACCAUCAUGCUGGAUCACGCCUUGGGUCGUCCCUCUGCGGGACUGAAGCGGAUACAAGUAUUGGUGUUUGCCUUCAUUGCGUAUCGCAUCAUAAAGUCGCCAAAGGCAGGACCCAACAUGAUGGCUUUGAGAUACCUGGAUGAAAAGUUUGCGUCCCUUCCUCCGUGGAAAAUCGUUUUUGGGACCUUGUCUAUCGCUUGGAUUUUGAAAAACUUUUUCUUGACUUUGGGUUUGAAUGCACCUGAACCUCUGGCAAGAAUGUAUACCCGCAACUUUUAUAGAGCUUCAUAUGUCUUGACGAGUCUUGACGCCGGUUUCCUGACCGCGAUGAAUGUGCGCCCAAAGUUCUUGAGGGACAUCCUGUCGGUCCUAUUUGCCGCCUUUUACUUGGUGUUCCCUGACACUGCCGACGAAAAGGUGCGCAAAUUUAGGGCUCAUCCCACGAUCGAGAUGAUGCGGGUUUCCUGGGAAAAGAGUAUGAACCCCUACCUUCGCCUUGCGACGGCUGCAGACCGUCCCUAUGUGGCGAUCCGAGAAGAUAUUAUCAUUGAACGUCCAGACCCGCCGUCAGUCAGCUCAUUUCCCGAUCGAGAAUUGGGCCCCAUAAAAGCUCGCCUGUACUUUACCGGCACGCGGGAUGAGCUGCGACGGUCCCGAGAACUCAUCUUGCUCCUUCCUGGUGGAGGUUUUGUGGCCAUGCCGCCAAAGUGUCACGAGGACUAUGUGUCGCAAUGGGCAGUCAUUUCCAAAGUUCCCAUCGUUGCCAUAGAGUAUGGCAAAGCACCCGAGUUUCCUUACCCUUUCGCAUUGGAGGAAUGCUUUGAUGCUUACAGGAGCAUCGUAGAGUCCAACGGUGGAGCGAUUGGAUUCGAAGGGUGGUAUGAAUCGGAUGCACAGGGACAUCAAUUGAAGAAGGCGCCCAUCAAGAUUGUGAUGGUUGGAGAUUCUGCUGGUGGGAACUUGGUUGUAGGGGUGGUUAUGCGUUGCUUGGAAACCUAUGAAAAGCACAUUCCCCCACCAAAUGGCCUUGUGCUUAUUUACCCGUGUCUUUCAUUUGAUAUGUCUUGCUGGAUGCCAUCGGAGCAACUCAAACUCAUGCGCGCCGAAUCCCACAAGAAUUUAUCUCUCAAAUCUCUUUCAGAAUCAAAGCACAACAUCAAAAAGAACUCUCCCCUCACGCCGCAGGAAGCUCCGCGGAAGAUUGAUGUUUUGAAGGACGAGGUGGACAGGAGUAAAUCUUGGUACCACAUCUUUAAGCCACGGCCUUCGCACCCUCCGGGUCCAUCAAUUCCCAGUUCGUUGUCCAUGACGUCUCGCAUGUCCUACUUUACCGAUCGGAUCAUCACGCCAGAGAUGAUGCGUGCCAUGGCGCUUCUCUAUCUAGGGACAUCGCCCGUUCCAGUUGAUCUUGCCUCGGACUACUAUCUGAGUCCCGUCAUGGCACCGGACGACCUGUUGGCUCGUUUCCCAAAAACGUAUCUUCUCUGCGGCGAGAAAGAUCCGUUCGUCGAUGAUACCGUAGUAUUUGCUGGCCGUCUGCGCGAAAACAAGCAAAAGGCACGGAAAGAGUGGGAGCGCAUGAUGCGCAAGGUCGAACAUGGCGGCGGGGUUGAAGCUCUUGCAGACAAGAAGCAGAAACAAAAGCUUGCACAAGCGAACGGCACCCAUAUGAAUGGUACCGCCAACGGAACUGCUAAAGGAAACGGAGCUGCCCCAGAACGAGUUCGCACGCACAUAUUCUCCCGUGAUCCGGACACUAUGGUCCGAGUCAAGAUUCUGGAAGGUGUUUCGCAUGCCAUGUUCCAAAUGCUUUCUCUCCUCCCUGAAGCCAAGCAGGCGACUCGUAUGACUGCAGAAUGGUUCACAGAGAUUCUCAAAGAUCCUGGUGUUGAUGACCACGGCGACGACCUGACUGAAUUUAUGAUUCGUGAUAUCCAUCAGCGGGACCGUGCGCCAUCAGGACCUCAGGUAGGGCCUUACUACCCAGCUUAUGGUGUCCCUCAACACGCACCUUGCCCCCAUAUCCGUGUGGAUGGCACAUGCGACCCCCAAGGAUCUCACCGGUCUCUAAACGGUUCGGUGAAUGGCUUACACGCUGAAGACCGAUACGGAUCUACUGGAAGUGUUCGUUUUGAGGGCUCUGGUGAUGAGGACGCUUAUUCCGAUUUGUCUGACUCUCCUGAUCCCAUCCCCAUUUUGGACGAAGUGGAUGAGAAGCACAUUUUGGAGAGACGAAGGACCGAGAUUGGAAGUUUGCUUUACAGUAUAGAUGGAUAGAUAUUUCUUUGUUUCGUUUUUUUAUAUCUGUAUGUUCUGGCUUUAUUGAGUUGGGAAAGUUUCUAAUGGAUUUGGUAUUGUGGCCUGA